AGUGUCCGUUGCUUUUAACCGCCGAAUCGGAAAAUAUACCACAAAAGAAUGUAAAUAAGAUAGAAGAAAUAAUAGAUAUAACCAGGAAGCGAAUAUACAGACAAAACAAAUUCCACGGUUGUGUGCCAUAUAGAAAUUAUGUAACUGGAAGAUUUUAUUACCGAAAUGUGCAUUUUAUUAUGUAUUAAUGAAUUUAAAUCACACGACCCACCCAUUCAAGAGCAGAAAAUAAUGUAUUGUUUUAUCGUAAUUUUAUUUCAGUACAGAUGUGAUGGCACUCAUUUCUUAAUAAAAUUCAGGAAUAAAUAUAAUUUUCUUACUGAGGGAUGCAUUCAGACACAAAUCAGUAGUAUUUUAUUUCUUAUUUUUUCAGAAUACGUAAAAUUUAUUAUAUAAGAGAUAAUAGAAUAAUUACUGCCGCUUGUCCAUCAAAAUUAAGUAACACUUACCGUUGUUUGAACGAGGAAAGCUGAUCACUACAUAUAAAAAAGUCCUCUUAACGGUUUAAUUCAUUUAAAGUAUUUUUUAUAGUUCAUUAGCAAAAUGCAUAAAAUUUUGUUCAAACUUAGAUUUUCAUAAGGAAUGUAUCAUAUUAUAAUUGCACACUGAUGAAUAUUUCUAGUUCCUCAUAUUGGUAGUUACAAUUUAUUUUGUCAACAACUUUUUCGGUACAAACAUAUUUGUAUUCGUUAUUAGUGUCCCGUGAACUAUUACUGGUUAAACAUCUAUAUAUAAUUCGUAUAAAUAUUUCUGUUAUACUCUGUGUAAGUUGUCGAGUUUCGCGCAUCAUUUUGAAGUAAAUAUUAUAAACAAGAUAUUCAUAAAUUAUAAUUAAGAAGUUUUGCGAUGAAUUCAUUCGAGUAUCCAAAAGUGUUAUAUAGAUUUUAUGGACCAUACACAGAAGAAAAAUAUAAUCAGUUUUUCAAUCCAAACAUUUGUCAUGUUUGCAAACGGCCCAGCAGAGACUUAAUAACAUGUAAUCAGUGCAAUAUGAUUUCUUACUGUUCUAAGGAGCACCAGGAGGUACAUAAAUAUUCACACUUGGAGAUGUGCAAUGCUAUAACAUUGGUAAUAACGGACAUAUCAUAUUGGGACACAUACCGUAACUCCGAAGAAUGGAUGGAAUCACGACAAGACAUUACAGUAAAAAUACUGGCUGUUCUAUCACGCGAAACAUACCGGAGCACCAGGAGGAACAUAAAUUUUCACACUUGGAUAUGUGCAAUGCUAUAGCAAUUGUAAUAACGGACACACCGUUUUGGGUCACAUACCGUAACUCGGAAGAAUGGAUAGAAUCACGAAGAGAAAUUGUGCUAAAAAUACUGAAUAUUCUAUCACGCCCUACAUACGGAUAUGAAACAGAGAUGGUAAUGUGCGCAAAAUCGUGUUCUGUUUGUUAUCAACAAUUGAACAUCAAGCCCUGUAAAAUUUGCUAUUCAGCCAAUUUUUGUGAUGAUCAUGAAAAAUUUUUUAAUCUAACACAUACGGAUUGCUGCGCCAAGCUGUUGCUAUUACUGAACAUGAAUAUCACCUAUACUAAUGAUUUAGAAACGAUGGGAAAGAAAGUGCAUGGACGAAAGUUCACCAAAUUUCCUGGUGUGAAACCUUAUGGUGACAUUAUUACAUUUAUUAAUAACUAUGCAUGCAUAUAUUCACAGGUUCGAUAUAUGUUUGGUAUGUUCUUAAAUUUUAAUUCAACUCGCUAUUGGACAUUCGAAAAUUAUAUAUGUUCUGAUUUUGUAUCAGGUCCGAUGACAUUAUACUACGCGUUACAAGAAUCAAAUUUAUUAUGUCUCCCAACCACUACGCAUAAAUAUAUCGUUCAUCUUAUAGAUGCAGAUAGAAUUGAUGUUAUGUCUUCAGGAAUGUGGCAUAUUUUCUUACAUAUCUUUAUAAACAUGAAGGAACUAUAUAUUGUAUUUAUAAAAUCACCAAAAUUUGAAUCCAAAGAUCUAGAGAAUAUGUGUGCUAUGUGCUGUUAUAAUAAACGAAAACUUUAUGUUAAAUAUGUGUCAGAACCGUACCACGAUUAUGUACGCUUAGAGUCAUUUGAGCAACCAAAUGUGAUUGUACUACUUGAAACAGAAACUAUUUGGGUAAGAACAUGGUUCAAAUCUAUAAAAGCAGUAGUAGCGCAAAAUUGUCCGUUACUUUUAACCACAGAUUCGAAAAGUACAGCAGAAGAGAAUGUAGAUAGAAUACAAGAAGAAACAGAUACAAGCAGAACACGAUUGUACAGAAAAAAUAAAUUCUGCGGUUGUACACCAUAUAGAGACUAUAUAACUGGAGGAUUUUAUUACCGAAAUGCGCAUUUUAUAAUGUAUUCAUGAAUUUAAAUCACUUGACCACUUAAUCCAAGUCUAAAAGUAAGGUGUUGUUUGAUCUAAAUUCAUUUUAGUAUAAUUAAUGAUACUCAUAUGUUAAUAAAAUAGGGGAAUAAAUAAUAAAUUUCUUACUAGAUGCAUAUAUUGAGACAUAAAUUAAUAGUAUUUUGUUUGCUAUCUUUUGAGAAUACGUAAAGCAUAUUAUAUAUGAGAUAAUAUAGAAUUACCGCAUACAUAAUGUCUUAAAAUUUUACAAUUUAUCGCAUACUACUCCGUACUUAUAUGUAUUAUAUGCAGCUAUGAUCAUUCUGUAUUAAAUAAUAUAUAAUUAUCUUGUAAAUUUUUCCUUUGUCGUCCGUGUUCUGCAGAUGAUAAGUAAUAGGAAU